CUCAAGAAAAUAUUGGCGUAGGAAUCAUACGGAUUUUAAACGUGGUUGAAGCAUAUUGAGGGAUUAUUAAAAAGUUAAACAUGUAAAGGAAUACUGUCUGACCGGGACCUCAUUUGACAUGCAUGUGACGUAAAACAGGUGCUGUAAGACCUAUAUUCUAAACAGCGCCAUGUACACCAGCCGCUACCGAGGCGCCCCCUACUCCUUCCGGGAUACACACCAAAAUCGGGUGGAGCUCAAUGUCCUAAAACUUGAUGCGGACGGAAACAGUGUGUACGACGAUGACAUUGACCCCGACAUUUGCCGAUGUUUCCCGCGCACCAGUCAGAAGACCAUUCCCUCUAUGUUAUAUGAUCAUAUAAAUUGCCCACACGUGGAACACAGACACAUCCAGCCCGCACAACAAUAUGUAUUUACCUACCCCUGGUCGGCCAGUAGUGGCAACGGCCGUCAGAGGGCGCGCCGUGACUUUGAUCAGGAGUCGGGACUAAGUGUGAUAGGGGAGGACGAUGACGAGUGGCAGAACAAUGUCACGCGCACUGCCCCUCCUUUUGCCACGCACUCUCCGGCCCCAGCACGGGCCCCGUACAGUGCCCCCGUGCCGGCGGAAAAUAUUCCACAGGGCAAAUAUAGACCAAUCCAAGGAACAGAUUUUCGCCAAUUUGGAUCGGCGCCAUCUCUUACCGGAUUUUCAGCAAAGAGACAGACGCAUGUGGCAAACCGGAAGUCGAAUAUCCAGCAAGCGGAACCUUCUACUCCUUUUAUAGACAAAAGAGAACGAGGCGGGGGAAUACAAGAUAAACCUCGUCACUUCCAAGGACAUUAUAUGGAUCAGAAAGACGGUCGGGUAUACAACUUUAACGUGAAGUAUGGUAAAAGGGACAUACAAGCUACACGAGAACACGAUAACACCUAUCGAUAAAACCACAACCAAAGGGGAGAUAAAUCUCACAUUAGAUCACAGUAAUUUGCAAGUCGGAUAAUAUGAAAAGUAUUAAAAACCAUUAAGUUCUUUAAUGCUUUAAGAAUGUGAACAAAAAGAAUUUGUGUAGAUAACUAUUUAUAAGUAGUGACUGUAUAGAGAAUGUGUUCAUCUUGCCAAUUGUUACACAGAUACAGUUAUAUCACAAACAAGCCUUAUAGAUACAUAUCUAUUUAAAGUGGCUGUGUACCCCAAAAUAAAUUAUGGUUCUUUGUUAUCACUUCCAGAAUUAUAGAUAAAUAGAUUUUGCUUUUGAAUUAUGCAACAUGUUAUGUGUAUGUACGUGGAGUCUAGAUACAAUCGUUUUAAAUGUUGGGAUACUGAUUUAGCUGUAAGGGCUGGCGAUAUAGUUGAGCCAGACUUGAUCACGUACAAAGUAGUUAAAUUAACGUUGUUUAAAUUUAUCUCCUAUUUGAAGUGUACACCUAUGUUUCCCCAGAUUCCGACACGAACGGCGUAUGAAUCUACACGGGAAGUGUUGUUCAGACACGCUGGUAAUGGUUCGUUAUCUAAAUACGCUAGAUACCGGUACUAUUUUAGUUCUGUAUCACUACGCGCUGUACCGGAAGUCGGCCAUGUUUUAUGUGUAGCUUACUAUUUUGUUACAGUAACUGUUUUAUUGUUGCUAUUUUCAAAAAAAAACAACGCAUGUUGUGUAGUUCAAUAAGCAAAAAACAUGGAUAAACAAACUGGAGCUACCAAUGCUACUAGAUUUUAUGUCUGGUAAGCUCUUUCAGUGACAUUUUGUGUCAGUGAGGCGUCACUCAUCACAACUAUUAACACAGCUAUCCUUGGAAAUAACCAUGUAUUUCCAAUCACGAACUUUAUUAUUUAUGUAAUGUAUUGCAAUAAAGCAUUAAAAUAGAA